AUGUAUACAGUUGGCGAAGUUGCAUCGAUUAGAAGCCCAACACCUGAUUCUGAUGAAUUUGAGUCAAACAAUCGAAGAACAAAGGCUGCAGGCUCCACAACUACCGGAUCAGCAACAACAACUGUUAGUGUGGCUACUACAUCAGCACCAACAACUGUUAGUACGGCUAAUGCAUCAGCAUCAACAACUGUUAGUACGGCUGCUAUAUUAGCACCAAUAACUGUUAGUGCGACUAAUACAGGUAAGUGAACGAAGCGUUUUGACAAACUUCGAGUCAAAUAUAAAAAACCUUAAACGAUACGACCAUGGUAGCAAUACAAGCUAUAGUCUCUAUAAAUUUUAAAAUCCUUUCUACUUUUUUUCAGUAUUCGUCAGGAAAAGAUCGGUUAUCUGCCUUCAAUGCCAUAGUUCAACUCCGCAUGAAUUUUGAGCAUCAUCCAUUCCAGAUUACAUUAACCCCUACGUGAACCAUUAGUUAUUGAUUUUUAGAGUCACUAGUAACUACUAACAAGGCAGAAAAUAACACAGAAACGUCAAUAUUUCGUACAUUUUUUUUGAACUUCGAGUGCAAUUAUAACCAGUUUUUGAUAAAAAUGCAUGUUUUAACCAAUGAUCAUUGAAUUUCAAUAAAUGACUUAUGUGUGCAAUAGAUUAACAUCUAUUUUCUGCAUCACAAUCGAUUUUCAUUCAAUGUCAGUGACAUCAAUUGUAAUUAACACUGAUGUUGAAAUCGAUUUUUGAGGAACGAGGUGGAAUAUGCGAGUGUAGUUCUCUUUGUCUUCACAUUUUUCAAAUAAAAAAACCUUGUUGAAAUAAAAAGUAUCUGGUUCGAAUCUCAGGAUAACCAAGAAAACUGUGACUCUAGUUCAAUAAAAAUCAAUGACAGUUCUAUAAUUAGUGACUCUUUUUUUAACAAAUCCCAUAAUUCUUUAAGAUCAUUGAAGUAAAUUUUUCAUGAUCUACAUUGAUAGGAUUCGAAACGAUGCUUAGCGAAUUUUGUAGAGAUUGAAGGGAGCUACAAAAACGAAGCAUGCAGAUUUCGCAUUUCAUUGAGUGGAAAUAGUCAAAAGACUACUUUUGCUAUUUUUUUUACUGUAGACUGAACGAAAAAAUUGAUUGAACCUCUCUUCCUAUUAUUGAGGACAAUUAAUCCUGCAACGGUAUUGGUUCAGUUUCCAUUCCUUGAUCUACUUAUAAAGUAUCAGACGUUUAAAAUACUUUGAUGAAUAUGUCAUCAGAUACUUCUCACGCUACAGAUUAUGUAAAACUUAAAAUGGAUCACAAGAACACCAUAUUAGCACUCCUAUCAAUGGAUAUUCCUCCGAAAUAUUCUAAUAUUGUAGUUGUCGCGGACGAAAAGUUUUGAAAUGAACAGGAGCUGAACUUUAUUUAUGUGUAUAACAUAAGUUUUUUUUCGUUAUAGAGAAAACUUACUAGUUUCGUAUAAGAACCUCAAAAAAGACAUUCUAUGAGAACAAACCUAAUCUCUUACUUAUAUUAUCAGAUGAGAACAAACGGUGUCCGAAAACGAUAAAAAAAUUGAAUUUCGUAAACAUUUAUUUCUUCAUGGUUUUUGUUUCAGUAUUUGACGACGUAUCUAUGUACGUACUAAACUUGAGUUUAACUCAUUUUAUGUGGAAAGAACGAAGUUAAAAGUAUCGAAUAGACAUAAAACGAUUGUCCAACAAAAUGGAAAAAAAAGCAAAAAAAAAAAUAAGAAAAGGAAAAAGCCUAAUCUUGCUAGUAAAUAUUCUCAUACACUGCUGACAAGUCAGUGUAUACAGAAAGGAAAGACAAUAUUUGUAGCAUCUGACUUCGAGUAGAUUUUUCGAAUAAUCAUUUAUGAGUUUUAAAGGAUUUCUAACGUUUGAAGUACAUGACGAGGCAUUGAUCAAAGUAUUCCAAGUGUCUAAUGCCACAUAAAUAGACAGAAAAACGGAAACUGAUCAAUCAAUAAUAUUUUGAUAUUAAUCGAACUCUGUAACAAGCAGAUAACUUCAAUUAAGGGUGUGGGUGUGGGUGUGGGUGUGGGUGUGGGUGUGGGUGUGGGUGUGGGUGGGU